GACAACACCUCUCCAGCCAGCACAGCAAAAGCUCAAAGCAGAUCAACUGCAGCCAUCCAACCGCAGUAAAUGCAUUUAAAAAGAAAUAAAUAAUCAAAGGCUGGUUUGAAAAAGGAAAAAGAGAAGCGUUUCAUAAAUGUUUAUUUCCAGGCUGAGAAAUGCUUCAUUGCUCAAAGAAGAGUAGACAGAGGAUGACUGCACAGUAACAGAGCAUGAAGGUUCAUCCCACACUACCGGGACAUCUAGGCAGUAACAGCCACGGCUUUCAAAGGCUUUACUGAAGUUCCCAGACUUCAUCGAGAGGCUGGUGCGUCUGUCCGGCUCUCAGUGGAGACAUGGCCAAAGGGAAGGCAAAAGGUCCAAAAGGGAAGAAGAUCACCUUGAAAAUUGCCAAAAAUUCCAUCCGCAUAACUCUUGAUGGACGGCGCCGUCUUGACUUAAGCAAAAUGGGUAUCACCACCUUUCCCAAGUGCAUUCUGAAACUGGCUGACGUGGAUGAACUUGAUUUGAGCAGAAACAUGUUAAAAAAGAUUCCAGGCAGCAUCGAGAAGUUCCAGAAAUUGCGCUGGCUGGACCUGCAUAGUAACCAGCUCGAGGAGCUGCCUGAGGCAAUAGGGAAACUUGAGAACCUUUUCUACCUGAAUGUAUGCAACAACAAGCUGACCAGCAGCAAUCUGCCAGAAGGGCUGAACCUUCUCAAGAACCUGCAUAUUCUCAACCUUGGCUUGAACCGUCUUGACAGUAUUCCUACCAGUCUUGGGGCCCUAAAGGAACUUACGGAGUUAGGUCUCUUUGACAACGCCUUGACCACCAUCCCAAACAGUGUGAAAAACCUCCCCAAGCUCAAGAAGAUGAAUGUAGAAAGAAACCCUUUCCCAGAUUCAAUAGAGCAAGAAGACCACUCUGACCCCAUCAAACGUGUAGAAACGCUUCACUUAGUACAAGAGAAAGACCUGUGCUCUUCUUGCCUGUAUUUGUGUAAGGGUGAGAGGGACAAGCUGCAGCAGUUAACGGAUGUGACACCCAGCUCCUCAAAGAAGUCAAGUUUCUCGUCACUCCUUACACCCAAUUCCACUGCAAAGGAGAACCAAGAAGAAUGGAGAUUAAGAGACGAUUUGUCAAGUCACUCCGCAGAUGACAUCUCUUGAAGUCCAGCCCAAACUAAUAAAGAGCUGACGUCCUUCCUCCUGCCUUUUCCUGCAGUUCUCUUCCUUUAAAGAUCUACGUGGUUUUAAAAGCAGCAGUUAUGUGUGGCCUCUGAAAUGAAAUCCAAGCCAACCGAACCAGUUGUAUACUUGGGAAAGGAAGGACUAUUCUCUAGCAUCUGUACCUGUUCCUACAACACCUUCUCCAUGUUUGGGUUUUAGGGUUUCUUUUUGUCUUUUGUGUGUGCAAGUGUCCGGUGAAGGAAUCUUCAAAAAGAAGCUUUUCUGGUAACUCCAUUCCUACCACUGAGUCACAAACAUGAGUCCUGUUCCUUUUUAUGGAGUGAGACAGUUAAACCAGUCUCAGUCAAUACCACUGGGAGGAACAGAGACAGACCUGGGAAUU